AUGAAGAGAAGCGAAUUUGAUCAUACCAUUUUACAUAAUCAAUAGAUUCAAUUAACGGAUACCACUAUACCAUUAAUAGAUGAUUAAGAUCUUAAAGUAGAUCAAACGGAAUAGACUCCAAAAAGUAGAAACUAAACAUAAUAACAAUAACAAUAACAAUAACAAUAAUAAUAAUAAUAAUAAUUACCUGGCAUCAAAAGUCCUCCUAUCUGUUAAUAAAAAUAAAGAAAAAACACUGACCUUAGGAAAUUACCAGAAAUUAAACUAUCAAAGCCUGAAAGACCUCCAAUUUCAAGACAACAAACGAGUCGAUAAUAAUUAUAUUAGCUACCUAGUUAGCGAAUUCAACCAUCAACACCAGAUUUGGGAAUUGCACAUAAAUAAAAAAACUCUAGAUUUGUAACUAAAGAAAGUCCUGAUUCUUUUUAAGGUUCUGAUCAGAUAUUGGAAGAAGGGACCAAAAAUAGCGAAUAAGGAAGUCCUAAGUUUUUUUAAAAUGUCUUAGAUAAGCCUCACAUUAAAAAUAUUAAGGGAUUAUCUAAAUUGGAUUAAAUCUAAAAAAUAAAAUUAGGAUAAAAAUCUGAAGAAGAAGUUAUCAAACCGAUAUAUAGAGUUCACGCCAAGCCUAAAUUAUUGGAAUAAUUUAUUAAGAAACAGAGAGAGAGGAAGAUAUCUGAAGAAAUAAUUACAACUUAAUAGCAUUAAUUAGUAUUUUAAUAAUAACAAUAAUUGGAAAAAAUAUCAGAAACUCCAGAAUAGAAAUUAUUAGACAAAACUACCAUUAGUGACUUUUAAACUUCAGAAGAAUAAUAAUAAAUUUAAAAUAACAAACAAACUGUUGAUACUGCUGCAUUUGACUUCUAAAAUUAGCUUUAAGUAUUUGAUGUUACUUAGAAAAAACCUACCAAACAACCAAGUAAGACAUCUACUUCAAAAACAGAUGAAGAAAAAAAUAAAAAAAAAAUCUAUAAAAUCAUAUAUAAGGAUCCGUUCUAAAAAAAACCAUAAGUAAUUAAAAAAAGAAACAGUGAAGAGGAUAUGAAAGAGAUGAUAAAUGAAUUGAAGAAUGUGCUUUCAGAACAACCUAAAAAAAUAGAGGAGCCUCCAACAUAAGGAGAUAACGAUUCUGAAGGAUCUAGAAUAUACUCAGAAGAUUCAAGCGAAGAUUUUAGAGAAAAUACCGAUACCUUACAUCCCAAAAAGCAAGUAAAUACUUGGAUGUAAGGCAACUCAGAAUAAAUCUAAAUUGUGAAUACUUCAAAAUCCUAACCAGAACCUCAACGAGGAAACCAGAGUGGUUCUAGAAUUUUGAGAGAUAAACUAGAAAUAAAAUUAAGGAUAACAUUUUGA